AUUUUCUACGUUGGCGCGCAGCCUACCUUUAAUACCGUGUUAAUAUCGACUCGCGCGCAGUCCCAGCUCCGCCGCGUCCGAGACCGGAGCGCCCGCGCCGCCAAAGGUCAUAAGUCGAAUACGAAGUUUGCCCUUUGGAUUUUUAAUAUGCCUGAAUACAGUGGAGCGAAUGGAGCACAGGUGGUGGAGCUCGGCCGGCGGAACGCAGUCCCCGUCCUGUACCUCCAGGGAUCGCACUACGAAGUCGGCUUCGACCAGGGUCGUACCUUCUCAUCUGUUAUCCAUGCCUUCGUGAAGCGUCACUUCGAAAUGCUGCCAUUCGAACAAGAAUAUGCCACAGAGGCGGGCCGGGCCGCGUACGAAAAGACCCUCGCCAAUAUGAGGCAGCGGUACCCAUGGUACGUGAAGGAGAUUCAAGGGAUCGCCGAUGGGGCUGAAAUACCCUUUUACAAGAUAUUCCUCCUCCACUGCGAUGACAUCGUGCUAACAGCGAACGACGAACAUGCCCCUCGGCCCGACCACGGCGGCUGCACGUCCAUCGGGAUCAACACCGAUGACUACGCGAUCCUAGGGCACAACGAGGACGCAUUCGCGUCCACACUCAAUCACUGGUACAUCGUAUCGGCACACGUCACACCCACAGAUGAAGACAGAAAACAUGGAGCUGUAGAUGAGCGGUAUUCGUCCCUGUGCUACGCGGGCCACAUGCCGGGCUACACUAUGGGCUUCAACGAGCACGGCCUCGUGUUCUCCAUCAACACCCUGAGCCCGCUGCGGCUGAAGCCGGGGGGCACACCACGUGUGUUCAUUACACGAGCGUUGCUGACGGCCAAGAACUUCGCUGAAGCCGAGAAGAUCAUGCGAGACGACGGCCUUGGAGCUGGAAAUGGUUUCAACAUAAACAUGAUCUGGUCGGAGCCGUGGGGCGCCCGACGCCUGUACAACGCAGAGGUAGCUCCAGACCUAAACGCGCGCUUCUCGUCUAUCAGCGUACGCAAAUACGAGCGGGAUUCCUUGGCACACACUAACAUCUACCAAAACCUCAACGUGACCGAAGUAGUAGGCAUGAUAGUAGACAGCAGCAUGGCCCGUCUCUGCGCCAUACAAAAACACGCCCCGCCUCAAACAAGGAGAGAUGUAGCGGAUAUCCUGUCUGAUGCCGAGGGCAAGACGUACUCCGUGUGGCAGAACAGGCCCGACGCCAUCGUCAAGACUAUAGCUACCGGUAUAUUCGACCUUGAGAAGCGCACGUGGAGCAUGUACAUCGGCAAAGCGAAUGAAACUGAGCCGGUCGCCGUGCUGCCCAUCCGGUUCACCCGGCUCAACGAUGUUAACUGAAUCGGACCGUAUUGUACCGGACUGAACAUGGACCGGAACGGACUUGCGACGUCUGGCUAGCUAUCUUAUCAUGUGUGAGAUUUAUUACUUUCAAUAUGUAUAAUUGGAUAUAAACCAGAGGUUCCUUUGUCUGUAUCCAGUCGCCUUAUCUAAGCAGUUUUUGAGGCCCCUUCUUUCCAGUUUUCUUUAUGAGUUACCUUCUAAUGUUAGUUACUUAUGCCGAAAGUAUCGUCAACGCGGACCGGACAUCUAGCUACUAUGAUUAGUAUUUAUUCCUAUGUCUAGACUGAACUACAGGAAUUUUCAUUGGAUACCGAUAUUACCGACUUCAUGUGAACUUUGCUCUAAGCCGCCAAACAUUACAACCGAGUCGCUUUCAUAUAAUUGGCAAUUUGCCUAUAAGUACAUGUUGCUUUGACUAUCCAAAAUUUCCCUUGAUACCUGUAUAUCUUCUAGAAAUGUACAAAAAACUUUCAGUUUUGGAAACUUUCUGCAUCGGGCACAUCUGCGAUGCUUAGGUAGCUAGUGAAUCCGAAUGUUAGUGUGUGUGUUGUCGUUAUUAUUUAUUUAAGUAGACCAUGAGUUCCAAACCUUUUUUGUCGAGCCCAGCUUGUUGACCGUAUUUUCGUCUUGCUUUCAAUUCAACUUCGUACCUAGUGGUAAAAUUUCGUAGUUAAGUAUUGGUACCUAAAUGUUUCCACGUUUUUUUUGCAUCUCGCUACGCGCCAUUCUGUUCUAUUACUUGAACUACCUACUGGUUAGAUACGAAGAAAACUUAUUAGAUUAAUUUGAACAAAACUAUAUACGCUAUCUAAACUAGUUUUCUAUUUAAAAAAAAAAUAACCUGAUUAGUUUUAUAGAGUGAAAAUAUUAGUUUGUAAGCGACACUAUGCUGGAACCCUCCUAUUGAUAUUAGAUAUACUUAUGUUGUUAUCCUUUCGAAACAUAGCUGUGUGAUAAGUUUAGGCUUGUGAAAUAUUAAGAUGUUUUAAUAAAAGUAGUAUCUAGUAGUUGAAGUAAAAAAUAAUUCUAAGGCGAUUGACAUACUGACACCACGAUCUAUCGUAGUGAGCAAAAUAAUAUAUAUAUAUUAAUUGUCCCGCGCUCUAAAGCAUCCUCAGUGUAUACUACAUGUUAAAAAACUUUUUUAGGAUGAGUUAAGGUUAUGCAUAUCUCCUGUGGGCGUUAUAAAACAGGCAUGUUAAAAGUUGAAAACCUACUUAAGUUGUAUGAUGCUUUACAAAAACGUACCACGAAUUGUGAACGUUUUUUUACUCCUCUGCAUAGAUUGAUAAAUCGUCGCUCAGCUUGCCGUCGUAGGUCGAAGUGUCCAUGUGUGAACCGCCUUAUAGGGAACGUGCAUGCACAGGAUACGUCAGAAUUUUGGCGCGAGGUGUAAUUGUGAAGUUUAUGCUUCCAAUGUAGCCUACAAGAUGGCAGAACCUGCGAUGCACAAGAAAACGUACGAGAACGGUGGAUGGCAAGACUUGCUUUAGCGUGAAGAUGUUUGUGUUUCUGAUUCAGGCCACAAGAUCGCAGACUCUCCAACGUGCACGGUCCCUAUUGUUUUUAUACUGUAACUAUGGAAGGUAGAGGCAAGGAACAGAAACUCCUUAGGCAGAAUUGUUGCAAAAGUGUCCAGCUGUCAGCUAUAAAUAAGAGGUCCAAAUUUCUCCAGAGUAGCGCUAGAGUAGCUAAGAACCUAGGCGUUAUUAACGGAGUGAAGUGCGCUGUCUAUGAUUAGAUUUUUUUCUCAAGUAUUCUAGGUAUUGUAGCGCCACCUAUUUAUGGUUUUUUGUCGGACACUUUUUGGUAUAUGGACAUUUUGUUCCUUGCCUCUACCUUCCAUAACAGUAACACGCCCACCUUGUCAGUAGAAAAAGGCUCGAAAUUCAAAUGUUGUAUAGGGAACGUUCAUAAACUGUAAAGGGCAGCACAGGAAGCCCCCUGUUUAUUCACGCACAAGAUGGCAGAACCUACAAUGCAUAAGAAAACGUACGUGAACUUUAGAGGGCAGCACUUGCUUUGGCGUGAAGUGUCAAAGUACAGUUCAUGUUUCCGAUUCAGGCCACAAGAUGGCAGGCCCUCCAACGCGCACGGUCCCUAUGGGAAGUCAACUCUUCACGCCUACAUUUUUUUAUAUUUGCCGCCUUUUCUACUAACAAGGUCGCUGUGCCAGAGUAUAAUAACAGAUACUGUAGAAAUCUACGCAGGUUACCAAUAAGUUACCAAUAUUAUUGUGAUAAGAUAUUUUUAUAAGAGUACUUAAUUUAUAACUUGAUGAGUGUAGUGUUAUAGUUCGAAUAAAAGUAUUUCAGCAUAUGA